AUGGUGUUGCGCGCGGCAGCGGGCGCGGCCGCGCAGGAGCACGCCGUCCUCUACGAGGGGCUGGGCUGGGUGAACACGUCGCGCGCGUGGUUCCGGCCCUUGUGGCGGGCAGUGAACCCGGUGCCCCGCGCGCGCGCCGCCAUCAACACCACGAGGCUGCCGGGGCCAGGACCGGAGCCGAGUAGCAGGCGCGCGUGUCUAGAUCCAGCUGGGCCUAUGUUCCAUUCUAUGCCUGACAUAGUACGGCUCGAUCAUUCUGACGCUGAGUUCGUGGACGUCAUCCAUACAGAUAGUACUGGACUGGGCUCGAAGGACGCGACGGGCCAUGUGGACUACUACCCGAACGGCGGCGAGACUCAACCCGGUUGCUCGUUGUGGACGUUUCUUGAGCUCAGUGGGCUGAUGGCGUUGUUCACCGAGCCGGAGGAGUUGUUCACUUGCUCCCACGCCCGCGCAACACGCCUCUUCAUCCACUCCAUGCAACCGACAUGCCGCUUCCUCGCCUGCCGCUGCCGUUCCAUGCGGAGCUUCCGGCAGAAUCGCUUGCGUUUGCCAUGUAAGAAUGAUUUGAUUAUUGUCCAACGUUCAGCAAAUAAAUUUUGCAUUUUUAAAAAAGAAAAAUGGAUAAAAUUG